AAAAUAAAAACAAUCAUCACUUCCAUACAAUUUAGAAGAGCUAUGGCUUCAGAAGCUUCAGCCAUAUUGCCUCUCAAAGACAGAGUCGCCAUUGUUACCGGAGCUUCUCGUGGUAUUGGAAAAGCCAUCGCUCUCCACUUGGCAUCACUUGGCGCCAAGCUUCUCAUCAAUUACGUCUCAAACACAUCCCAAGCCGAUCUCGUCGCUUCUCAAAUCAACUCCUCAUUUCCCGGCGCCGCCGUCACUCUCCAAGGCGACGUCUCCGAUCCGGCUACCGUUGCCGCUCUCUUCGACAAGGCCGAGCACGCUUUCAACUCCCCUGUCCACAUCCUCGUCAAUUCCGCCGGAAUCACCGAUCCCUAUAGGCGAACCCUAGCCGACCUUCCCUUGGAGGAUUUCGACAGAAUUUUCAGUGUAAAUGUAAGAGGAUCGUUCCUAUGCGCGCAGGAGGGUGCGAAGAGAGUGAAACGCGGGGGAGGAGGUCGGAUUAUACUGAUAUCGUCAUCGUUGGUGGGGUUCAUGAAGGCAGGUACGGGGGUUUACACGGCUUCGAAGUCGGCGGUGGAGACGAUGACGAAGAUAGUGGCGAAGGAAGUGAAAGGAAGUGGAAUAACGGUGAACUGUGUGGCCCCGGGAGCGAUUGCGACGGAGAUGUUUCUGACGGGGAAGAGCGAAGAGGAGGUGAAGAAAGUGGGGGAGGAUUGCCCUAUGGGACGGUUGGGGGAGGCCAUGGAUGUGGCUCCAUUGGUGGGGUUCUUGGCUUCAGAUUCCGGCGGGUGGGUUAAUGGGCAAGUUAUUAGAGUUAAUGGUGGUAUGAUUUGAAAAUUCUCCCUUUACUCUCUAAUUCCUCUUCCUUCCAAAUAAUUUGUUCAACUUGAAGCUAAUAAUAUGGUGAUGAAAAAUUAUAAGUUACACAAAUAAGAAUAUCAUAAAUGUGUUUAAAAUA